GACACUCCGAUCUAAAGGAAAUUUGAUGUCAGAUCAUCUUCGUACUUUGGAAAUUUGUGGUGUGCUGCCUAAACUUCUUCAGGUAAAAACAACCAGAAUAAACAUUUCAGAAUUUCUUCAACCUUGACAACUAAAUUAGCUGAAAAACCAUGGGCGACUGGGGUUUUCUCUCCAAGCUACUCGACAAAGUGCAAUCGCACUCCACAAACAUCGGUAAAGUUUGGUUGACGGUGCUUUUAAUCUUUCGGAUCAUGGUGCUUGGAGGAGUCGAUAAAGUCUGGGGGGACGAGCAGUCCAACAUGGUGUGCAACACAAAUACGCCAGGCUGCAAGAACGUGUGCUACGAUAAUGAGUUUCCGAUCUCUCACAGUCGCUUCUGGGUUCUCCAGAUCAUCUUCGUGACCUUACCGACGCUGGUCUACCUGGGCUAUGCCCUGCAUGUGAUCCAUAAAGAGGACAAACUGAGGCAGAAGUGUGCUCAGAAUGAAGGAACCAAACUCCCCAAAUACACAGAUGCCAGAGGAAAGCUUCAAUACAAAGGGAAUCUCCUGCGCAUCUAUGUUUCUUGUCUAUUAAUGACCAUUUUUUUUGAAGCAGGCUUCAUCGUGGCUCAGUACUUCAUUUAUGGCUUUGUGAUCCAACCCAAGGUAAUAUGUAACAAGGCUCCGUGUCCUCAUGCCAUCGAGUGCUUCAUAUCACGUCCAACCGAGAAGACCAUCUUCAUCUUGUUCAUGCUGGUCGUAGCGUGUGUGUCAUUGUUAUUGAAUAUAGCAGAGAUUUUUUAUCUGAUCUGUCGGGCUUCUAUGUGUAAAAAGCAACCUGAACAUAAAUAUGAUACUAAAGAGACACAUUUUUGAAAUGAAAAGGAAAUGAGUUAUAAUGCACUACUCGGAGAAUAAAUGGUGUGACUACACCAAGACAAUUAUAAUAAUUAUUGUACUGAAUAGGUACAGAACUCUAAAUAUGUCAUACUGUCAUGCCUUAAAGGACAACAACAUAACAAAAUAUGGUGCAAGACUAAUCAUUUUGACAUUUAUGUCCCUUAUUCUUAGUGAUUAUUGAAUUCUGAUUCUUUUUAGUGAUUCAGUGAGUCAUUUGUCUCAGGUCACAAAUAUGAAUCGAAAAACUACUUAUUAUCGAAACAGGAGUUGAAUUGAAUUUCACAGGAUAUAUUUAAAUAAUCGAAUAGUCUCCUCUAAUACACCUGAGUACAUAAGUAUGUGAUGGAGAUUCUCUUUUUAUUCUUUUUUUUGUUUGUUAUUAAGUGAUUCAGGGAAUCAUUUGUUUAAGGUCACCUAUAAGAAUUGACACUUUUGACUAUAUAAAUCUAUUUAUGUAAGCGAUUAUUCUUCUCGACUAUACUUGACUGCAUGAAGUAGGUUUUUAACAUGCAGCACUGAGAGUCAUGCACUCAGCUGAGAGUCAAAAACAUGCCUAAUGAACCAGCUCACAUUUUGAAAAGAGGUUUCUAUGGAAGUAUGUUUGAUUGUAUUACACUGCAUGAAUAACAUUAUUACCUACAUGUACAAAAACAAAAGAAAUGUCUCUUGCCUGUAGUAGCUCCAAAAUUCACUUGAAAGAGUCAAAUGAAAGAGUUGACUCGUGACUCGUGAAUAAAUCCUAAUUUUGUUAUUACAUUCAUUUUUUACUUUUUUUAUCACAUUCACUCCAACUGAUAUUUUAUUAAUCAUUGUUUUCUUGAUUUUUUUACACACCUUCUAUCAAUAUCAUAGUACACUAAAUUUUAAUUUAAAAUGUAUUAUGUAAUUCAAAACAUUUAUUAAUUUACCAAUUAAAUGAAAGAUUUAAAGAAA